CUCAAGCAAAAGCACAAGCUAACUGAUACUCUUGCCCUGAGGUCGAGUGCUGCUGAAUGUAUUGCCUUGGUGAACACGAGAGUCAUUGCUAUGCUGGCAAAGCAGCCGUACCAGAACAGAGAAGCUCCCAAAGGAAAGAAGUUCAGAAUGGAAGGACAAAGGCACCUCCACACUAACACAAGACACUGAAGAAGAUGUCAAUCUGGCAAAAAGUUGAUCAUAAUCCCCAAAUUAGCCUAUUUUGCACAGCAACAGAAGAAAUAAGUCACAGUACUGCAGUUAUGGCUGGUCAGAGGACUCCAAGAAAAGGAAGCAAAAGCUCUACAACAGCAAAACCAGUCAAUGCAGGAGGGAAUGCUAAAACACUAGUUUUCCGGCUCCAUAAUGGUGCUCCUGCAGUAGUCCGUGAAGUUCUAUUGGAACGCGGUUGGAUUGAGUAUGAUGAGCAUGAGCAAAACAAAGAAGACUGGAAUCUGUACUGGCAAAAUUACCCUUUCCGGAUGACAGACCACAGAAGUAUUAAGCCAUGGCAGCGACUCAACCACCACCCAGAAACAAUCAGGAUCACUCGAAAAGAUUAUUUGGCCCGGCACCUGAAACGCAUGAAGGGAAUUUAUGGGACAAGUCUCUAUGAGUUCAGUCCAGUUGCCUUCAUCAUGCCAAAUGACUACAUUAAAUUUAUAACAGAAUACACCAAAGAGAGGCAGAUACCAGGCAAAAAGCUGAGCUACUGGAUCUGUAAACCUGUUGCUAGAUCUCGUGGAAGAGGAAUACUCAUUUUCCAGGACAUUAAAGAUUUUGUCUAUGAUUGCAUGGUAAUUGUGCAGAAGUACAUCAGUAAUCCUUUGCUUAUUUCUGGAUAUAAAUGGGAUCUCCGUCUCUAUGUCUGUGUCACAAGUUUUUGUCCCCUCACUAUUUAUACUUAUGAAGAAGGUUUGGUGAGGUUUGCAACAGAGAAAUUUGACCUUGAGUCCAUGGACAACAUUUAUGCCCACUUGACCAACACUAGUAUCAAUAAAUUUGGGCCUUCAUACAGAAAGGAUAAAGAUGUCAUUGGCUCGGGAUGCAAAUGGACUUUCAGCCGGUUCCGAGCCUACCUACGUAGCUGCAAUGUGGAUGAUGUAUGCCUAUGGCAGAGGAUAAACCGCAUCGUCAUACUGACCUUGCUUGCCAUCACUCCAUCAGUACCUCUUACAUUUAACUGCUUUGAACUCUUUGGAUUUGACAUCCUGGUUGAUGAAAAAAUGAAGCCCUGGCUUCUGGAAGUCAAUCAUAGCCCAAGCUUACGUUUGGACUGUGCCAUUGAUGCAAUUGUGAAGAGAAGUUUACUUCAUGAUAUUAUUGACUUGCUGAACUACAAGGAGAAUGACCAGUUGAGAAAACACAAAGGAGCUGGUGGGAGAGUUUCGUGUUUUAAUCGAUCACAAUCUUUGUUGACUACACAAGCAAAGGACUCCUCAGAUUUCCUAGCUAGUGGAAAAGGAAGCAAAUCUGCAACUACUUCCCCAUGCUCAUCUCUCUUGCAAGUCAACAAAAAAUCCCAAAUAUUUGGUAGAACGGGCAGUGCUUAUCCCAAGAAAACUUUAACUUCUCAGUUGCGUGAAAGGAUGAACAUGCCGAAAAUGCCACUGCAAUCAAAACCACAAUAUAAAAGCAAACAAACAUUAAGAACUAGUCAUUCGCUGUAUGAACCUGUUCAGUCUGCCCACUGGUUCAGUUCACCUGAGUUCUAUAACCCUAGACCAGCUAUCCCUCCAUACUUUCUCUCAGAUAAAGAAAGGAGACCAUUCCCACGAGUGGGAGACUUUGUCCUUAUAUUUCCUUUCAAUGAGGCUGCACUUGAAGCAUCUAGGAAUGAAAUAAAUGUCAAAAGGAUAAUUCAAGAAAUACACAAAUUAAUGAACAAAGAAUUGCUACCAGAGCAUCAGAAAUUAAAUGAUUAGAAAUUAAAGAUUAUUUAAUCUGUAGAUACUUAGUGUAUUAAAAGUUUUUGAAAGAGUAUCAAGCA